AUGUCCCUUGACUUUGAUAGUGGAGCUCUACAAACUCAACAUGAAGAUGAAGACUAUGACCAAGAGGAUUAUGCAAGAGAACAAGAGUUGCAACAACUUUUGACAGACCUUCCCCAUGACAUGCUGGAGGACAGCGGAGACCAGCUCUCCAGCUAUUCAGACUGUAGCAUUCAUGAGACUGAGGAGCAAUCACAUGAGCCUGGGAAGCAUGAUGGAAGGUGGAACGAUCAUCCGUUGAUUAGUGAUCCUGAAAAUGGUUAUGAGCAAGGACAAAAUCUGUACCCGGAACAAUUCUUAUGUGACCAGCAAAAUGAUCAUGUUGAAAAACAUGGAAAGAAUUGGAAUGGCCUACAUAAUGAUGAAGAGAAGAAACAUUUAUAUGACAUUAAAGAAGAUUACUGUGGCCAGAAUGGUCAAGAGGAUCCUGAUGAUGUGUAUCUUGGUAGAGAUGGGUUUAAUGCUCCAAGUCGCUACCAACAGAACAAUGUGUAUCAUCUUCCUGAAAACUUCAGGCCAUACACAAAUGGCCAUAAACCAGAAUUUAACAGUCAGCAAAAUAAAAUAAUAAAUUUUCCAGAUGCUCCAAAGGAACAUCUUAAGCAAUUUGUUGCAUCUGACGUUGCCAGUGGCCAAUCGCCAGAAUCUUACAAAGUGACUUAUAAACCAUACCAAAAUGGCAUUCAUCAAAAAAUUCCAGUAAUUCAAGAAGGAACUAGAAGAAAUGAAGUAUUCGAAGAUUUGCAGCAUGAAUUCUUGGGCAAUGAUGAAAAUUCUUCAGAAAAUAUGCAGAUUCUUCAAGUUCUAAAUAAAGCAAGAGAAAGACAACUGGAAGAACUUAAUGAAAAGCUAGAAAAGAGUGCACAGCAGAUUAGGUAUUUGAAUCAUCAGCUUUCAAUGUUGAAAGAUGAAAAGGAUGGUUUGGCAGUUAGACUUUGUGAGUCUCAAAAACUCUAUCAGAAUGGAAAGGAACGGGAAGUGCAUCUUGAAGGUCAAAUAAAGGCCCUUGAAACUCAAAUUCAAACUCUUAAAACCAAUGAGGAGCAGAUGUUGAAGCAAUCCAAAGUGGCAGAGGUAGCCAUGGAAAGCAUGCAGAAGCAGCUGUUAGAACUUCAGCGAUCAGAUGCCCUUCAGCGAGCCAGAGAACAACAUGAGGCUAUUAUUUCAGCACUCAAGCAGAAGUAUGAAAAGCAAGUAUUAUCAUUAGAGCAGAAACUUGAUACUACGAAGUCUGCACUCCGAGAGCAGAAAGAGCUUUGCACAAAUCUAGGAGAGCAUGUUAAGCAACUUGAAAAAAUGCUGGAAGAAACCAAAUGUGAAAAAACAGAAAUAAUAAAUCGACUGACAAGAAGCCUAGAAGAAAGCCAAAAGCAAUGUGCAAAUUUACUGCAAACAGGCUCGAUGCAGGAGACAAAUCAGUUACGGUUUCAGUUGCAACAAGCUCAGUCUGCACAUCUGAUAGGCAAUAACCUGAACAAGGCUUUGCAGGAAGAAUUAAUGGAACUGAAGGAAGAAAUAGCUUUGUAUGAAUCUGCUGCCAGGCUUGGAGUAUUUUUGAAUGAUGCGGGUGGAGAGCUGCAUACAAACCUGAGUGAUUCCUAUGUAAAUUUGGGAAUUAAAAAAAUCACUGAAAAGAAACCAAGAUUCUGCAGUGCAAUACAGAACAGAGACAUGGAUAAAGAGCUGUCUAAAGAUGAAAUUAUUGUAGAAUUAAAAGCUGAGCUGGAACGUUUAUUGAGCAGUAAUAAAAUGAAGAGAAACCAAAUUACUCAAUUACAAAAUGAUCUUAAAGAUUGCCAGAAGACAUUAGAGGAAUACAAGCAGUUGCUGAAAGCAGAAAAAGCAUCAAAAGAGUCAGAGCCUGUCACAAAUCCGAAUGAUACUUUUGUGGCCAGUCCUUUGGUUUCUGAUAAUCUUAAGGAAGAAGUUCUGAGGCUCAAAAAGGCUAAUGAAACUUUGCUGCAAGAAGUUGAGAACCAUACUUUGACUAUCGAAGAACUGAAGGAAAAUGAGGAAAAACUGAAAAGCUUAAAUCAAGAUCUCUGUUGUCAAAUGAGAAAGAUGGUUCAGGAUUUUGAUCACGAUAAACAAGAAGCCAUUGACAGAUGUGAAAGAACUUAUCAGCGACAUCAUGAGGAUACAAAAGCACGUUUUGAGAAAGACCUGAUGGAGAGGUAUGCUGCAGAAAAACAGCGUCUUAUUCAAACUUACGAAGAGACAAUCUCGCAGUUAAAGGCUAACAUAGAUGAGCUGAGCAGAGAGAUGAUUGCAGUGAAGGAAUGCUACAUUGGAGUCUGUGGGGAGAAGGACACUGUGGAAGCUACUUUAAGGCAGAAAUUUGAGCAAGAGCAGCAGCUGAAGGAAGAGAAGCUCAAGAAACAGCUACUAGAAGAAAAAGACGAUGCUCUUAAACUUCUGAGGAGUGAACUUGAAGAGAAACACAGCAGUUCUAUGAUAGCAGCAAAGAGGCAGUGGCUGGAAGAAAAAGAACAGCAGGUUGAAGAGGAAGUUGCAUUAGCCAAAGUUCACUGGGAGAAGGAAGAAAAAGAGAAUAAAGAACAGGUCUUUGCAAAAUUAGAAAGAGAAUGGCAAAGCAGACUGGAAGAAAUGAGAAGAACUGUAGUGGAAUGUAAUGACUGCAGCAGCCAAACUGACCGAGUGACAGUUGUGGACGAAGCUUCAACUAAAGAGUUAGAAAGGAUUGUUGAAGACCAGAGGCUGCAGAUCCAGAAAGCUCUGAAAGAAAAUAUGGCCUCUGAAAAGGCCGUAAAAGAAUUUAAAAUAGAACUGGAAAAUAAAUACUGUAAAAAUCUUGCCAGCCAGGUAGAGGCAGCGUUAACCCAAGCUCGUGCCAGAUGGCUGCAAGAAUUAACCGACCUCAAAGAGUACAAAUUAGCCCUAGUUCUCUCAGCUGCCAAAGAGAAAUGGAAAAAAGAAUAUGAGAAUACAGAGAAACCUGGACCAGGAAUGAAAGAGCUGGAAGAAAAGGUAAUUUCUCUCAAGAAGGAAUUGGAGCUAAAGAAAGAAGAAGUUCCUGCAGCUAUCAAAGCAGAACUAGCAAAAGCUCGUGCUCAGUGGAACAAAGAAAAGCAAGAAGAAAUCCUGCAGAUACAAGAGCAAAAUGAGAGAGACUAUCGAUCGUUCUUAGAUGAUCAUAGAAACAAAAUUAAAGAGGUACUUGCAACAGCAAAGGAAGAUCUUGCAAAGCAGAAGAACGAUCUCUCCGCUCAGAAAGAGGCAGAAAUAAAGAUGUUACUAGACCAAAAGCAGCGAGAAUGGGAGGCUCAGGAAACAAAGAGACUGCAAGAUGAAAUUAAUCGGUAUGAGGAAAAGACUCUGGUUGAGCUUGAGUACUUGUUGAGUGAAAUCCAUAAAGAACUAGUCAAGAGCACACACAGCAAGUCUUCUUGGAAGGAUGAGUGUUUUGACACUCAUACUCAAUUAAACCAUCAAUGCAAAGACAAACUGAAGGCUUGCUUACAAAAGGCCUACAGCACCACGGUUUACACAAUUCUGGAAAAGAAAGAGCAAGAAUGGAAAGAGAAAUAUGAAGAGCUAGUGAGUAAUGUAAAUAAAGAAGCAUACUCUUGCCUGCAGUGUGGUGAAGGAGAAACUGGGAAUGUGGCAAGACCUCCUGUGUACAAUGCUGGACACCAAGCAGAAGCACAAAGGAGGCCAAGAAGACAGCCAUCCUUGAAGGAAAGUGGAACAAACAAAGAUCAGAAAUGUACAAAAAGGAACCUUGGGUCUCAGGAAGAUUUUUGCUGUGAACACUGCUGCCAGGAGCUUGAAAAAAGAGAGACUGUGUGCCAAGACUUGAAAAGAGAGCUGGAGAUAGCCCACAAACAUCUUCAGCUUGCUGUGAGGAAACAUGAAGCUAAGUCAGAGCAAAUCCAAGAAAAUGAGAAGGUUCUAGAAGCUCUAAUUGCAGAAAACUCUGAGAUGAAGACUAAACUGAAAGACUUGGAAACACCAUCAAGGUCACUGUCAAAGGGAGAUGUCUCAAAACCUUGUACAUCCUGUGAUUCUGUGAAAGGGCUGGAAGAAAUGCGUGCUCAGUACAUUAAAGCUGUGAGCAAGAUUAAGUGUGAUAUGCUUUGUUAUAUCCGUGAAAGUAAGGAGCGAGCUGCUGAAAUGAUUAAAGCGGAGGUUUUAAGAGAACGCCAAGAAACAACACGCAGAAUGCGCAAAUACUAUUUGACAUGCCUUCAACAGCUUCUUACUGAUAAUGGGAAACAUGAAGGAGCUGAAAAUAAAAUAAUGAAUGCUGCCAGUAAGCUUGCUACAAUGGCUAAAGGACUCGAAACACCUCUUCGACAUAUUCCCCAAAGCAAAUCUACUCGGUCAGCUCUGCGAUUAAAUUCUGAUCUACCAUCUGGAAGUGAAUGCUCAAAAAGAAAUUGCAUGCUUCAGACUAGAUCAAACCAUAUGGAAAGUAAAUCAUAUGGUGAAAGCAUUACCCAAAAAGCCAAUGAUCGAGUUGUUCAGAAACAUGUACCACAUGACUUGAGACAGCAGUUUGAUGAAAUGCAGACUGAAACUCAACAUAUCUUUCAUGAAACGAUGACUUCAAAUAUUCAGAAGGGGAAUAAUUCUAAAAAUCUGGAAGGUACUUCAAGAGAUGUUCUGUUGGAGUUUGCAAGUGAAGAUAGAAGGCGAGAAAAAUGUGACCCCAUUGUAAAUUUAGAGAAAGGACUCUUGUGUGCUGCUAGUAAUAUAGCACAUCAGAAUGCUCUUCCAUCUGCUUUUCAAGCACCAUUAGAAGAUACACAUGCAUCCAGCUUUACAAAUGGCCGUAACAUCUCUGGACCAACUCAUCAUACACUUAAGAGCAAAAAUGAAAGAACAGUCUUGAAAGAGGAUAAAUGUAUCCAGUCAUGUGGAAAAUGGAAAACUAAAUCUAAAAGAACUCUGGAAUUUGAUUUUCAAGAAACUCCAGAAAGGGAUGGAGGAAGUUGCAGUGAAUGGAGUUCUGUGAGUGGAAGCCUGUGUCUAGAUCGUGGUGAUGUGCCUCUCUCGUAUCCUGAACAAAAAGCCCGUACUAAUGUCCAAGCACAGGCUGCAUGCUGUGAAGAGUUUCCUCACAUCAGGUCAUUUUCCCCUGCAGAUGAAAACGUUACUUCUUGGAGAGACAUUUCUAAUGGCCAUGGCAAGAUUAAAAGCAGCACUGAAGUUUACAGUAGAGGCCACCUUUUAACAAGCCAAGAGCAUACUUCAUUCCUCAACUCUGACAAAUCAAAUUCUGCUGUCGCACGACUCAAUGUAUCGCCAGAUUCAAAUGGAGGAAAAUGCUGCAACAAAUGCUUGGAAAAAAAUAUGGGAUCCCCAGUCUCUUCAGCAAGAUAA